GCGUGGCCCCGCGGCUCGGGUUGGGCGCCCGCCCCUCCCCCUCGGCAACGCGCGGGGCCGCGCUGCUGUUCCGGGUUCCCCGGGACGGAGCUGGAUCCUGCUUUUCGCCCAGGCAGGAAGUGAGUUUCGCACGGCAAUUCCGGGCGGUGUCACGAGUGAAAAGUUUUUUCCUUCGGUGGAGGAGCUGGUCGGGGCUGGGGAAGUCCUAGCAGAAGUCGGCACCAGGAAGCUCCCCAGCACUCCCGGCCUCCCGUGCUGCCCAUCUCGGCUGCGGGAGGCCGCUGUACAUCCACCGCAGACUCGGCGGGACCCGGAGUGACUGGGAAGGGAAGGGAAUCAUGUCAAGCCGAGCCUCGGGACGGCGGCCCUGAACCACUCCGAAAGAAUGUUGGCUCAAUUAAGAAACACCAGGGAAAUAAGUUCAACCCAGAGUAUCUAAAAAUGACUACGAAACGGAGUUUGUUUGUGCGAUUGGUACCAUGUCGCUGUCUGCGAGGAGAAGAGGAGACUGUCACUACUUUAGAUUAUUCUCAUUGCAGCUUGGAACAAGUUCCGAAAGAGAUUUUUACUUUUGAAAAAACUUUAGAGGAGCUCUACUUAGAUGCUAAUCAAAUCGAAGAGCUUCCAAAGCAACUUUUUAACUGUCAGUCUCUACAUAAACUGAGUUUGCCAGACAAUGAUUUAACAGCAUUACCAGCAUCCAUUGCAAAUCUUAUUAAUCUCAGGGAACUGGAUGUCAGCAAAAAUGGAAUACAAGAAUUUCCUGAAAAUAUUAAAAAUUGUAAGGUUUUGACAGUCGUGGAGGCCAGUGUAAACCCUAUUUCUAAGCUCCCUGAUGGAUUUUCUCAGCUGUUAAACCUAACCCAGUUGUAUCUGAAUGAUGCUUUCCUUGAAUUCUUACCAGCUAAUUUUGGCAGAUUAACUAAACUCCAGAUACUAGAACUUAGAGAAAACCAAUUGAAAAUGUUGCCUAAAACCAUGAAUAGACUGACCCAGCUGGAAAGACUGGAUUUGGGAAGUAAUGAAUUCACAGAAGUGCCUGAAGUACUUGAGCAACUAAAUGGGUUGAAAGAGUUUUGGAUGGAUGGUAAUAGACUGACCUUUAUUCCAGGGUUUAUUGGUAGUUUAAAACAACUCACAUAUUUGGAUGUUUCAAAAAAUAAUAUUGAAAUGGUUGAAGAAGGAAUUUCAGUGUGUGAAAGCCUCCAAGACUUACUGUUAUCAAGUAAUUCGCUUCAGCAGCUGCCUGAAACUAUUGGUUCAUUGAAAAAUGUUACAACUCUUAAAAUAGAUGAAAACCAAUUAAUGUAUCUGCCAGACUCAAUAGGAGGGUUAAUGUCAAUAGAAGAACUGGAUUGCAGUUUCAAUGAAAUUGAAGCUUUGCCUUCAUCAGUUGGCCAGCUCACUAACAUAAGAACCUUUGCUGCAGAUCAUAAUUACUUACAGCAAUUACCCCCAGAGAUUGGAAACUGGAAAAAUAUAACUGUUCUGUUUCUCCAUUCUAAUAAACUAGAGACACUUCCAGAGGAAAUGGGUGAUAUGCAAAAAUUAAAAGUCAUUAAUUUAAGUGAUAAUAGAUUAAAGAAUUUACCCUUUAGCUUUACAAAGCUACAGCAAUUGACUGCCAUGUGGCUCUCAGAUAAUCAGUCUAAACCUCUGAUACCUCUUCAAAAAGAAACUGAUUCCGAGACUCAGAAAAUGGUGCUUACUAACUACAUGUUCCCUCAGCAACCAAGGACUGAGGAUGUUAUGCUCAUAUCAGAUAAUGAAAGUUUUAAUCCUUCAUUGUGGGAAGAACAGAGGAAACAGCGGGCCCAGGUGGCAUUUGAGUGUGAUGAAGACAAAGAUGAAAGAGAGGCACCCCCCAGGGAGGGAAAUUUAAAGAGAUAUCCAACACCAUACCCAGAUGAGCUUAAGAAUAUGGUCAAAACUGUUCAAACUAUUGUACAUAGAUUAAAAGAUGAAGAAACCAUUGAAGACUCUGGAAGAGAUUUGAAACCACGUGAAGAUCAACAAGUUGUAAAUAAAGAUCUGGGUGUGAAGACUUCAGAAAGUACUACAGUAAAAAACAAAGUUGAUGAAAGAGAAAAGUGUGUGACAGGGAACUCAGUACAGAAGAUCAGUGAACCUAAAGUGGAGACCAGUCCUGUAAAUUUACCAGUGACUGCAGAUAGGAAAGCCUCUGGGAACCUGAAGCAUGUUAUUAACCACAAUGAUGUUUUCGAGGAAUCUGAAGAACUUUCUUCUGAUGAAGAGAUGAAAAUGGCAGAGAUGCGACCACCAUUAAUUGAAACCUCCAUUAAUCAGCCAAAAGUUGUAGCACUUAGUAAUAACAAAAAAGAUGAUACAAAGGAUACAGAUUCUUUAUCAGAUGAAGUCACACACAAUAGCAAUCAGAAUAACAGCAAUUGUUCUUCUCCAUCUCGGAUGUCUGAUUCAGUUUCUCUUAAUACUGACAGUAGUCAAGACACCUCACUCUGUUCUCCAGUGAAACAAACUCAUAUGAACUCCAAAAUCAGGCAAGAAGAUGAAAAUUUUAACAGUGUUUUACAAAAUGGAGAUAUUUUAAACAGCUCACCAGAGGAAAAAUUCAAAGUUCGUGAUAAAAAGGAUUUUAACUUACCUGAAUAUGAUUUGAAUAUUGAAGAACGAUUAGUUCUAAUUGAGAAAGGUGUUGACUCAAAAGCCACAUCUGAUGAAUCUCACAAAUUAGACCAUAUCAACAUGAAUCUUAAUAAACUUGUGACUAAUACCUUUCAACCAGAAAUAAUGGAAAGAUCAAAAACACAGGAUAUAGUGCUUGGAACAGGUUUUCUAAGUAUUCAUUCUAAAAGGGAAGCUGAGCACAUGGAAAAUGGAAAUGAGUAUCCUAAUUUGGAAUCCAUAAAUAAAGUAAAUGGUCAUUCAGAAGAAGUCGUACAGUCUUCUAGUAGGACUGAACAACAAAACACCAACUCUUCUGUUGAUGUGGGUAUCUCUAAAAGCACUGAAGAUCUCUCCCCUCAGAAAAGUGGUCCAAUUGGACCUGUUGUGAAAUCUCAUAGUAUAACUAACAUGGAGACAGGAGACUUAAAAAUUUAUGACAUUCUUAGUGAUGAUGGUCCUCAGCAGCCAAGUGCAACAGUUAAAAUCACAUCUGCUAUAGAUGGGAAAAAUAUAGUCCGGAGCAAAUCUGCCACACUGCUGUAUGAUCAGCCAUUACAAGUAUUUCCUGGUUCUUCUUCAUCAUCUGAUUUAAUAUCGGGUACAAAGACCAUUUUCAGAUUUGAUUCAAAUCAUAAUCCUGAAGAGCCAGAUAUAAUAAGAACCCCCACAGUAAGUGGCCCACAGUCUACACCUCAAAUAUAUGGUCCUCCACAAUAUAAUAUCCAAUACAGUAGCAAUGCUGCAGUCAAAGACACACUGUGGCACUCCAAACAGAGUCCACAGAUGGAUCCUGUCAGUUUUCCUCCUCAGCGCCUUCCUCGAUCAGAGAGCACAGAAAAUCACAGUUAUGCUAAACAUUCUGCCAAUAUGAAUUUCUCUAACCAUAACAAUGUUAGAGCUAAUACUGCAUACCAUUUACAUCAAAGACUUGCCCCAGCAAGACAUGGAGAAAUGUGGGCUAUCUCACCAAAUGACCGACUAGCUCCUGCAGUAACUCGGACUACAGUUCAACGACAAAGUAGUGUGUCCUCAACAGCUUCUGUAAAUCUUGGUGAUACAGGUUCCACAAGGUGUACUCAAAUUCCUGAUGGAGAUUAUUUAUCAUACAGGGAGUUGCAUUCAGUGGGAAGAACUCCAUUGAUGUCAGGAUCACAGAGACCUCUUUCUGCACGAGCACACAGCAUUGAUGGGCCAAGUACAUCAAGGCCUCAGAGUGCCCGGCCCUCUAUUAAUGAAAUUCCAGAAAGAACUAUGUCAGUUAGUGAUUUCAAUUAUUCACGGACUAGUCCUUCAAAAAGACCAAAUGCAAGGGUUGGUUCUGAACAUUCUUUAUUAGAUCCUCCAGGAAAAAGUAAAGUUCCUCACGACUGGCGAGAACAAGUACUUCGACAUAUUGAGGCCAAAAAGUUAGAAAAGAGCAUGCUGUCAAGGUCCUUUAAUUCCAAUUUUACUGCUGUAAGCAGCUCUCACUAUGGCAGCUCUAGGGAUCUGCAUGGCAGCCAGGGCAGUCUUGCCUUGAGUGUUGCAGACGGAAGAGGUUCUGUUGGGCACGUUUUUCGACAUCCCCAGACAUCCAGUCCAGGAGAUCCUUGCCAAGAUGAUAGAUUGGUUUCAGGAGAGCAGAACUACUCAUCAGGUGCACUUAGUCACAGAGAAGUUCCAGACAGCUUGAUGAAAAUGCCUUUGAGUAAUGGACAGAUGGGCCAGCCUCUCAGGUCUCAGGCAAAUUAUAGUCAAAUACAUCAUCCCCCUCAGGCGUCUGUGGCAAGGCAUCCCUCUAGAGAACAACUAAUUGAUUAUUUGAUGCUGAAAGUGGCCCACCAACCUCCAUAUACCCAGCCCCAUUGUUCUCCUAGACAAGGCCAUGAACUGGCAAAGCAAGAGAUUCGAGUAAGGGUAGAAAAGGAUCCAGAACUUGGAUUUAGCAUAUCAGGAGGUGUUGGGGGUAGAGGAAAUCCAUUCAGACCUGAUGAUAAUGGUAUAUUUGUAACAAGGGUACAGCCUGAAGGACCAGCAUCAAAAUUACUGCAGCCAGGUGAUAAAAUUAUUCAGGCUAAUGGCUACAGUUUUAUCAAUAUUGAGCAUGGACAAGCAGUGUCCUUGUUAAAAACUUUCCAGAAUACAGUAGAACUCAUCAUUGUUCGAGAAAUUUCCUCAUAAGCUUUUGUGGACAAAAAGUGGGGACGACAGCAAGAUUUAUUGGAAGAGACUUGCAAGGGAGAUUAAUAUUUAGACUAUUUUUAUAUAUAAAGAAGAACUCAAACAGUUAUCUUGGAACUUGUACAUUAAUGAAGUAAUGGAGAUUGUGGUUAGAGGGAAGGAACCACUGCACAGAACAUAAAGAAGAAUGUUGAAUUCAUACCAUAUGAAAUUUGUUGUUAGGUUUUUAAACAUAGCAAUCAAGGCUACAAAAACAAAAUGAUGUUGUUUUUGUAUAGAUCGUAGGUUUAUUUUUGGAUUUCAUACACAUGACUGACUGUAUGCAAGGCAAUACUUAGCCUUGAUUGUAGCCCAGAGACAGAUGGCAGAGCUGUCUGUCUCGUAGCUUUUGUGCCCUUAUCUUUAUCCGACUGGUAUUAAUGUUUUGUUUUGUUUCUUUUCUGCUGAAACUACUUUUUUUUCAUGUGGACAAGAGAUUUGAAGUGUGGGCUUUUGCUAUGUGCUUAUUGAAUUGAAGAGUGGGUAGAUGAAGUUGGUGUUGGUGGGUUCACUUUCCAAGGCCAGAUUAAAACAGUUAUUUCCUACAAAAAUCUGGAAGCAAACAAUGAAAAAAAGUUAUGUUAAUGUGUUUUUAUUAAUAGAAUAAUGCAAUAAAAUAUGUAAUGUCUUUUUCAAGAUUUAAAAGACAAUAAUGGCAUUUUAUGUGUUCUCCAAGCUAUGUUCUUGUUGUAGCCAUUGACUAUAUGUUUGCUCCUCAUUCCGUCAGUAAGCAAUAUUUUAGUUACAGAGGUUUUUAAUUCAAAUGCAAAUGCAUGUCUAUGCAUUUCCUGUGCUAUGGAAAUCCCCUCAUUUUUUUUUCUUUUGCAAAUGGUGGUACUUGUAAUCUGUUCUUAUAAAUAGUACUCCAUUUUAAUCUAAUUUAUAAUUUGUGUUUUAAGCAGCAAAUGAAAUUAAAAUGGCCAGUUUUAAGAUUGUGUUGCCUAUAACACAAAGUUAUAAGAUGAUUUAGGAAAGCCUCUUGAUUUUUGUUCAGCCUUGCAUUGCCUUGGCAGAGUAAAAGGAAACAGAGUGAGCAUGGAGCUAGGAAACCAAAGCAAGUGUGUGAAAAUGGCACAGUGAUAACGAAUUGCUGUGGAGAGUUGUAGAGCAAAGGGAUGGGUCCUUAAGGCCUACCAGUGUGUAAAGUGUUCAAAUAAAGGGCUGUUCUACAGAUAACAUUAAAUGUGAACUCCACACUUCAGAGUCUUUAAAGGGUUUCUAAAUGUGUCGUUGUAAUAGUGUUUUACCACCAACUGCCUUUGUUCCUAGUUACUGUAACAAGUAUUUGAUAGAAAUUUAUUAAUUUUGUUUAUCCAAACUAUUGUUUGUUUUUGUUCUAUGUAAUCAAAUAAAAUUUGAGUAACAUGCAAAGGUAAGAAUUAAUGCAUGGUUAUUUGGACCAGAGAAAAGUGCCAUAGGAGACCAAUAACUGUUUUUAGUUGAGGCUAGUUUGAAAACUUUUAUUAGAGCAAUAUACUGUUCUUGAAUUCAUUUUUUAAUUUCUAAGAAGCAUAAUUUGGAAAUUUUUAAUGUGUUUUCUUCAACCUUGAUUUAGUUAAGACUCUUAGGACUAGCUGAAACACCACCUGCAUUAUUUUUACAAAAGUGAGUUGGAUUCACUUUCCAUUUUUUCUAGUCAAACAGUCAGCACUUUUAAAAAUAUGUGAACUCAGAUAUUGCACUUCUUUCAAGAUGUUAUCAAUUGGUUAUUGUACUGUAUAGUUUUAAUAAUUUUGAUCGAAACCCUUUAACAACUCUUUGUAAAUUUUAACUCAUUUUAGUUGAUUUUCAGUACUAUUUACAUAGGAAUUGAUUUUUAUGGAUAUAGUAGAAGAAAUGUGCUGUAUUUUGAUAAAAUUCACAUGUAUGUGUUGUAAUCUCUAAAACAAAGAAUGACAAACAGCUUCUUUAAUAC